GUUUCUUUCUCGUUCCGCUUUCUCUGUGCCUGCGCCUUUCUCCCUCCCCUCACCCCCUCCAAUCCAAUCUCCGUCCGUCUCUCUCCAUCUCCAUCUCCAUCUCCAUCUCCUCUCCCACAACAAGCUAGGCCUGCGGCCUCAACAAAGUCCCACCGCGCCUUUCUUUAAUGGGGCGAGGGUCAGGCUAACAAACACUCGAGUCGACACAGGAGCCGCAGAGCGCGAGGCCAGGAGACACCACCACUCCAUCACCACCACCACCACCACCGGUGCGGUGACCACACUGCCCGCUUCUCCCCUCCCUCAGUCUCACUCGCUCCCUUUGGCUCUCCUCCCCGGACCAGGCCAGGACCAGGAGACCAAGCCAAGAACUGCAAACCCACAGGCCGUGACCAUGGCGCAAGGACGGGACCCGGAGCUGUUCGCGGAGCUGUGGCGCGCCUGCGCGGGGCCGCUCGUGGAGCUGCCCCAGACCGAUGAGAGGGUCUUCUACUUCCUCCAGGGUCACCUGGAGCAGCUGCAAGAGCCGACGGACCCGGCGCUGCUGGCCGACCAAAUCAAGAUGUUCCAGGUGCCCAACAAGAUCCUCUGCAAGGUCGUCAACGUGGAGCUCAAGGCCGAGACAGAAACGGACGAGAUGUACGCCCAGAUCACUCUGCAGCCCGAGCCAGAUCAAAUGGAUCUGCCCACAUUACCUGACCCACCCCUGCCGGAGACGUCAAGGCCUGUGGUGCACUCCUUCUGCAAGAUCCUCACACCAUCCGACACCAGUACUCAUGGCGGUUUCUCUGUUCUUCGGCGUCAUGCAAACGAAUGCCUCCCACCACUGGAUAUGUCGAUGCCGACCCCGACCCAAGAGCUUAUCACAAAGGACCUACAUGGAUCUGAAUGGAGGUUCAAGCACAUCUACAGGGGCCAACCCCGUAGGCACCUUCUGACUACUGGAUGGAGCACGUUUGUCACAUCAAAGAAGCUGAUUGCUGGUGACGCGUUUGUCUACCUGAGGAGUGAGACAGGAGAGCAGCGUGUCGGAGUGAGGCGCCUUGUGCAGAAGCAAAGCACAAUGCCAGCAUCUGUUAUAUCAAGCCAAAGCAUGCAUCUUGGGGUGCUUGCUAGUGCAUCACAUGCUAUUAAGACUAAUUCCAUAUUCCUAGUGUAUUAUAGACCAAGGUUAAGCCAAAGCCAAUACAUCGUCAGUCUGAACAAGUACCUUGAAUCUAGUAAAAUUGGAUUUAAUGUGGGCAUGAGGUUUAAGAUGAGUUUUGAAGGGGAAGAUGUCCCCGUAAAGAAGUUUUCUGGAACUGUUGUUGAUAAAGGAGAUCUCUCUCCACAUUGGCAAGGUUCUGACUGGAAGACGUUGAAGGUCAAAUGGGACGAAGCCACAAACUUUAAUGGCCCUGAGAGGGUUUCCUCUUGGGAAAUUGAACCAUUUGAUGCAUCCGCACCUGCCAUCAACAUACCCGUGCAACCAUCAAUGAAAAACAAAAGGCCUAGGGAGACAGCUGAAAGCCUGGAUAUUCAUGCGCUGGAACCUGCUCAAGAAUUCUGGCUCUCUGGAAGGCCUGAACAGCAUAAGACAAGUAUAAGCUCCAACGAACCCAAUUGUAUAUCUGUACAUCAAGUCGCUUGGACAAGUGAACGCCCAGGAUACAGUGCCAUGAGUAGUUCAAUUUGUCAGAAUUCUGCAGUAAUUGGGAGCUGGUUCAAGGACUUCAAUUCCUCAAGCAAAGGGGCCUCCCCUUCCUUGCCAGAGAUUUCUCAGAAACUGUUUCAAGUCACCAGCAACGACGCAAGGGUUCCUCCUUGGCCUGGGCUCUCUGCUUAUCAAGCUGAGGAGCUCUCUUCCAAGUUGUCCUGCAACACUGCUCUGUGCAGCUACCAGACUGAGGAGGUUGCUCCAAAAUUUUCUAUUGCUGUCGAAGAAAAGAAGGAACCCGGCAUGUUCCGCCUGUUUGGUGUCAAUUUGGUUAACCAUACUAGGAGUAGCGGCAUUGCUGACAAGAUGACUGUGGGAGUAGGGGAAACAUCGAUGCGAGGUGCUGGUUCUUUUGAAGACUCUGGUCAGCUAUCGGCGCUUUCAAGAGUCACGAAAGAUCAUACACACUUGGUGAAUGAAAGCCCCCGAGAAAUCCAAAGCCAUCAGAGUUGCAGUGGAAGAAAUCGUAUUAAGGUUCAAAUGCAUGGACAUGCUGUGGGCAAAGCUGUGGAUUUAGGAAAUCUGGAUGGGUAUGUACAGUUGAUGGGUGAGCUUGAAGAGAUGUUUGAGAUAAAAGACCUUGGCUCCAAAGAGGAAUGGAAGGUUACUUUCACUAACGAUGAGAAUGAUACGAUGGAAGUCGGAGCUGUUCUUUGGCAGGAGUUUUGCCAGAUGGUGAGGAAGAUCGUGAUCCAUCCCAUUGGACAUGGGAGCCAUAUGGAGGCUUGGCCUUGCCCGGGGCAGGAUGGGAAGAGGGACUUUUAGAAGAAGGGAGGGUAACUGGGCAGGGAUGGAAGGUGGGUUUUUGGAGCCUUUGACGACAUGGUUGUUUUUUGCUGCGGUGGGAGAAGGUUGUAGCUGAAAACUUGAUGGCAUAGCUUGUCGAUGACGAAGAACGCAACAUAUUGGUUGCUGGCGUCAGUUCUUUCUUCAGAAGAAUUCAGUGGAAGGAAGAAGUGAUGUAACAUAGGCUUUGCAGAAAAGAAAAAGAUUUGAUGAUGUGUCUUUUAGUUUGGUUUGGUUUAAACAAGAUGACAGUUAAUGCGUGUCUAGUAGUCUGCCUAAGCUUAGUGACGAGCAACAAGCAAUAACAAGGAUGGAUGUAUAAGAUAGACCUUGGGUAUGUAAGUUGUGUAAAUAUAAUGUUAGUAAGUAGUAGGUAUAUCAUAUAUAUAUAUGGGAGGUGCUACUAUUAUGAUGACAUUAACUUGCAUUGGGUGACAUCCUUGACUCGUUUGUAUGGUAUAUGUACUGUGUUGCAGUGCUC